AUGGACCCGCCAUCACCACCACAGUCUCGAGAAGAGGCGGAUGCUCAGCUACAGACCAUCGUACACGAUCGAGGCAUAGAAAAUGGGCAAGCUAAUAAAUUCACGGAGAAACAACUACGAAACGCCCUCCAGGUUCUCGCGAAAAAUCUGUAUUGCACGUCAACCCAUUUCAUCUUGGAGCUUCUUCAAAAUGCCGACGACAACGAUUACUCCAAAGCGAUUCAACGAGACUCACCCCCAAGUUUUAGGCUGAGCAUCGAGAGCUGUAUUGACAACAGCGGCGAAAUUGUUCACUACUUGGAAACGGGAUGCAACGAAAAUGGCUUUUCUCUUGAGCAAAUCGACGCUCUCUGCGCGAUCGGAGAGAGCACAAAGAGCUUAUCGAAAGAGGUCCAUUCGGGAUAUAUUGGAGAGAAGGGCAUAGGCUUCAAGUCUGUUUUCAAUGUCGCAAAUGUAGUCUAUGUCUCGAGUGGGCUCUACAGCUUCAAACUCGACAAGACAAGGGACAUGCUGGGGGUUCUCCUGCCCCUCCCCGCGGUAUUCAUCAAACCUCAGCGCGAGUCUGAAAAUACAAGCAUGGCUCUUCAACUACUUGGCAAUAGCGAGUUGGAAAGGAUUGCCGUGGAGCUUACCAAGAUCAAACCCGAAAUACUGCUCUUUCUUCGCCGACUCAGACGCAUCGUUGUCCAGACACCGGAUGAACAGGUUGACUACUUGGCUACAUACACAGAUCACGACACAGAUUUCCACUGCGAAACGCGGACUAUUACCAUGCACACAAACAAUUCGGAGCCAGCGACGGAAACUAAGUACGUCAUUAUCCGAAAGGCAGUGGAAGACAUGCCAGAAGAAUCUACAAGGAAAAACAUCGGCGUCUCAGAGGUUACUCUUGCAUUUCCGCUGGAGCAGGAUGGUAGCCCAAAGGUUCAAGAGCAGCCAAUCUUUGCAUUCCUGCCAGUUGGCCACUAUGGCUUCCAAAGCGACUUCAUUCUACUCGCGGAUCGGGAGCGCGUUCCCGCCGAAAACGCUUGGAACAACAAGAUCAGAGAAGCAAUUCCAAUUGCAUUCGAGGAGUCACAUCCGAAUACUCUCAAGAAGGAAAUCUACCCAAAGGUUUCAUGCGUCUGGGGUAAAGUGGCUGCUAUUCUCGUCCGCUCUGAGUCUUGGAAAGAGAGACUACGACGCUUGCCACUUGUGCCAACACUGGACGGGGAUCUGCUUCCUGCGCGCACGGCAGACCUAUACCUGGCGGCGAAGGCAGACAUCCAAGGUGCUCCUCAAGGCCUUGGCCUCUUCUUCGUGCUCCCCGAUGCGCGAUCCGAUGCCAAGACAGACGCCCUCUUUGAAUGGUUAGGGAUCAAGAAGAUCACAUCGAACGAUAUUUGCAAUCGAAUUCUCCAAGACCAUAACAAACGGAAUCAUGGUUGGGACCCCCGAGGAACCGAGCGUCUCAUCGAAGACGCGUUCUACUUAUUCCACAAUCAUCGUCCGCAUUGGCUUCCAAAGAUGAACCUCUGGGUUGCUACCUCCAACGGAAACGAGGUUUGCCGCGCCGAUGCCGUCUACCUCAUCGACCCAAAGAUCCAACAUAACCUCAUUAGCAAGCACUCUUCUGAACCCAAGGCUUGCAUGAACGUGCUGCAUCCUGAUUACUUCAGUCGAGGCGAGAUCGCAGGUGAAGAACGCGCUGCCCAAAAAGGCGCCUUCAUUGAGUGUGUAGAGGCCUACGUCAUGGAGCUCGAGAUGAUGAAAGGUUUGGCCAUUGAUGCGGAUACUAUGAAGGCUGCGAGUCACAUUUAUCUGUAUCUGGCCAACAACAGCAAAGAGAUCUCGGAUGCUCAGCGCUGGUUCAUUGCCGACCGCACGGCAUUACGGACCGCGUUUGAGGGGAAAGUUUCCCUCCUGGAUUUCGACGUCAAAGAUAUUGACAAGAUCAUGCCAUUGGUAGCAUGGCGUCACCUCUCUCCUCGACUCCUCAGCAAUGCGGUAGAAGAGCAUAUCACUUACGUGAGCGCACCGAUAGCCCAUCCACUUUGGUCCGAAAACAUACAGAAGAAAGCAAAGUACAUUGCGCUCCUCGGAACCAAAGCGACGCCGACGAUUCCUACCUUCAAGGUUUCGCUAGCCUUGGGCAUUUCAGUGCAAAGAGCAAUCGGCGAAAUAGUGGGCGAGUCUCGCAAAGGGCACAUUUCUAUCACGGAAGAGAAAGAUGUCAUUCAUGUCGUCGUCUUACGGAACCCUUUCAAAGAUACCAAUCGACGGGUCGACAUGGAGCUCGCUGACUUGUUUAGCCGGCUAUUUGCAAUCCAGGACGUCGAGCGCGGCCUUCUCAUCUCACACAUCCUCAAAGGCAGCUUUGCCGACGUGCGAGACAUGUUGGAAGGAGUCAACAUUCGUGUUCUCUUCGACGACGACCUCGACGUCUCCACCGGCGUGUACAGCUCAAUGACCAACUCGACGGAAGAUCCCACCGUCGCUUACAGAGAGCUGACUAGUGCAGUCGGGAUGGGGGAUGUUACCAGGCAGUCAACUCCCACAAUGUCCUACGCUCAGGCCUAUGAUAGAAGUUUUGGGGACGAUGAUUCAGAUUAUGAUCCCCAAUCUUACAGGUUCGAGGAAGUUGGAUUUGCGGCAGAAGAUUUUGUCAAUUGCUACUUUUCCAAGGAAAUACCCGACUGGGAGCCCGAGAAGCAUUGGACAAGCCGUCUUCGGAAGAGAUGUGGUUACUCGGACUUCCUUGGUGAUGAGUCGGUCACAGCUGAUUUCACGUACACGGACAAAGGAGGAGGAUACAUGCUCCCGCUACUUCAUAACGUGGGCAUCGUCGAGGAGACCUGGUUUCGCCGAACCAUCACGUAUCACAUGGAAGUGAAGGGAACGGUUCGCGGACUCGAGGAGCCUUUCCACCUAAGCCAGAAGCAGAUGAAUCUGACUCAAAAGUAUCGCUUGGACAAGAGCAAGAUACCGACGGAUGUCUUCAUCAUCGUGCGGGUCUACGAAAUUGAGGGUGAGAAGCCAAGCUUCCGUUUCUACCUCGACCCGUGGGCCAAGAUAUUCAAUGGAGAAUUGGUCCUGACAUCGGAUCAUGGAUACUGUGUCGCGCCUUCGAGCGUUAGAUGGACUUGA